CCUGUCGCUGAAGCCAUGUUCUGCUUCUGUUUCCAGAGUCCCUCUCUCAAGAUGCAAGCCCUGGAGGCUGACUCGGGACCCCCGUCUUCCCCUACAGACCCCCAAGGUCAGGAUUACCUCCCUGCUCAAACACAGCCUCUUUCUACUGAGGAGCAGAGCCUGGUUCUGACCCACAAGCUGCUUCUCCCCUCGCCGCCGUGCACACCGGCUCAGGACCGGGAAGACCCUCCACAGUCUGGGCACUCCCCCUCCCCUGAUUCCUCAGAGUUCAGUCCUGUCCUGUACACCAGCCUGCUCUCUGAGGGGUCUUCAGGAAACGACCCCCUGCCCAUCCUCCCGGGCCCUAAAACCAGCCCGCUGCUCUCUCGCUUUGCGCUGAGCGACUGCCCCGUCCCCUCCCCACGCUGCCCCAACCUCAGCCACAGCCUGCGCUACAACCUGGACCCCGAUACGGCCCCUUCCCCACCGUGCUCGCAGCACAUACGCAUGACUCGCAGCAGUGUCCACUCGGAGCCACGCGAGGGCUCUGUCUCCGUCUCAGCGCUCAACAGACACAUUCACACUCUGAAGAAGAGGAUCAGGCGCUUUGAGGAGUGCUUUGAACAGGAGAAGCACUAUAAGCCUGCCCACAACGACAAGACUGCUCAUCCGGAGGUGGCCCGACUGAUGAAGGAGCUCAUCAAGAGUCGCAAGCAGCUUAAAGAGCUGAAGCUGAGACAAUCAGAAGGGGGGGUGAAAGGUCAGGGAGACUUUAACCCGCCAUCUGAAACACGCAGAACCAACUCAGACCAGAGGGAGGCAGCACCGACAGGCACUGAGCUGCAGCAGCUAAACAACAACAGCAACAUCAAAGCUAACGUGGAGGAAACGGUCAAUACUAUAUCCAACAGACUGAAGGAGAGACGCAGAGAGCUGGGCCUGCCCGACAGCGCCAAGGAGAUGUCCUAUUUCCAGAUGACUAUGGAGAAGACCAGCCUGCAGAAGUGUUUGCUGCAUUUUGAGGGUCUGCACGGACGGCCGAGCACCAGACAGGAGCGGACUCUGAUGAAACCUUUCUACGACCGGUACCGUCUCCUGAAGCAGCUGCUGCUCUCUGCUGCUGCUGCCACAGUCAUACCAACCAUUGAGGAAGAGGAGGGCUCUGAUGAAGAUCAUCCCAAACAGCGUAGCCCGAGGCUGCAGCCCCUCCCACUGAAGCCCCCCAGCUGUGUGUCUUCAGACGACUCGCUGCACCUUCCUUCUUUAGAAACGUCUGAAACGCCUCUCGUGUCCCCGCUGGAGGAGGUGAAGUGUUUCCAGCCACAGAUCGUCACCAUGGCAACACUACAUGAAGCUUCCAGACCAGAAUUACUGGAUCACCUCAGGACGGCUCGGUCAGAGAGACACCGACUUCACCGAGCGCUCCGAGAGUUUGAGGAGAACUUCCACACACAGACUGGCAGGUUCUGUCAGAAGGAGGACCGGGGGCCAAUGGUGGAGGAGUACUGCCAGUAUAAGAGCCUCAAAGCUAAGCUCCGCCUCCUGGAGGCCCUGCUCAGUAAACGGGACUCAACCAAGAGCAGCUGAGUGACUCACAGUGGGACUUUAUCGGACUCAAUCCUUUAUGAAAAUCAGGUUCUGAAUCUUGUGGUUCUGGUCUUGUUUUAUGUCAUAUUCUGUUGACGCACUUUACAUGAGGAAAUUGGUGACCAACUUAAUGAAAUGCAGCAUGACUGCGUUUUUUUUUUUGUCCCAAAAGAUCCUUUGUCAUUAUGACACAUCUUAAUAUAAACCUGAUGUAGCAAGUGUAUUUAAUGUAGCACUAAUUUAUGUCAGGGGUGACUGCUGUAACGACUUGGUGUUUGUUACAUGCAAGUUAUUUUAUUCACGCACAUUAUGCCACUUUGUAACUUGCUUUCCUUCUUGCACAAACACUCCUUCAGGACAGCUUUGCCCAAAGCGGAAACUGCAUUUUCUUAAAAAAAAGUGCUUUCUUGGCAAACAAUGUGUAAGCUUAAAUGCAAUCAAUGAGACAAUCCUGUGGUGUUUGUACAUGUCAGUUCUUCAAUCCUACAUUGUGCUAUGAUAUGCAUUCGUAUUUUUAUAAUUGUGACCAUUGAAUUGACAUGUUCACUUUGGAAAACAUGUGAACGUUGGUGAAGCUUGGCAUGUAGUGCAACUUCUCUCUGCUGUCAGAUUGGUGUUUACCCCCCCACUUUGCUUGUAUGAAGUUAUUUCCCUCUAAAUGCAGUUGUUGACAAUGAUCAGAGCCUUCGACAUUGUGCACUUCUGGUUUAUAUAAUUUUCUAUAUAUGAAUGUAUCAAUAAAAAUAAAUAUUUUUUCACAUUUAUUCUGCUCAACACAGUUUAUGGUUCUACUUUCUUUCUUUUCACAGACUACAUUUAAAUCAAAGCGGCUGUAGCAGAGCUGGUUGCUAUGGUAGAGGUACUGACAGCUUUCAUCCUCAUGCUGCAGAGAGCUGCAUCAUGCUUUUUUCUCAUUUUAGAGGCUGUUGCAUUAGUUCCGUUAAAAUUCCACAGCAGUUUCACGUCUGGGUUUUAAUACCUUUGGUAUAAAGAAAGAUGACUAUCGAUGCUGCAGCCCUAGAAAAUUGUGGUUCCAGUCUUUGCCACUAGUAGAAGGUAAAAAAGAAUAGUCUGAAAUGCUCUACUGAAGAAUGAGAAGAAAACAUUUCUGAAUCAAAGAACAGUCAAAGGAAACGACUAAAUGCUCGUCCACACAGACAGUGGACCCUCAGGAUAACAAUACAACAA